GUCGGCCACGGUGACGAUAAACACCGGCUAUCUCAGACUGCACAUUGCGUUCGGUUCUUUCAGUGCUACCAUCAUGUCGAAACCUCAGUAUACGCCUCUUGAUGAAAUCGACAAAAUUUACGACGAGCUCAGGGCUGGAUUCCAGUCAGGAAAAACCAAAUCAAUCGAAUACAGGAAAUACCUACUCGUUCAGUUGAUGUACAUGGUUAAAGACAACGCAGAGCGGUUUGAGAAUGCGCUCAAGGAAGACCUAGGGAGGCCUCCGUUUGAAUCUCACUUUUUUGAGAUUUCUGCGAGCCUUACGGAAAUUAAAGACACAUAUUCUCAUAUCGACAAGUGGGUCAAGUCGGAAAAGCCGCCGUUUUCACUUAACUGGAGCGCUAUGAAACCUGUCAUUUACAAAGAGCCCAAGGGGGUCGUGCUCAUUAUCUCGCCUUUCAACUACCCCGUGUAUUUGACUAUACCUGUUCUGGCGUCUGCGAUCGCAGCAGGGAACGCAGUCGUAGUCAAACCCUCGGAGUCUACACCCGCUACUAGCGCGUUGAUGGCAGAACUCGCAGAAGAAUAUCUGGAUACGUCUGUCGUUCGUUUUGUGAAUGGUGCUGUUCCGGAGACUACUAGACUACUCGAGAAGCCUUGGGGACAUAUUCUAUAUACCGGUGGAGGUCGGGUAGCCAAAAUUAUCUCUGCGGCCGCUGCGAAGACGUUAUCCCCCAUUUCCCUCGAGCUCGGAGGGAAAUCCCCAGUGUUUAUCGAUCCCAAUUGCGAUAUCAAACUCGCCGCUCGCCGAAUUUUGUGGGGCAAAGUCGCGAAUGCAGGGCAGACGUGUGUUGCACCAGAUUAUGUUUUGGUAGUUGAGGAGUUCCAGGAUAAGCUGAUCCAAGCAUUGAAAGAGGUUUAUAAAGAGUUCUAUCCGACUGCUGAAGGUUCGAAAGCGGAGGGGGUGUUUGCGAGGAUGUGUACGGUUCAAGGGUUGAAGAGGGUUGAUGAGUUUUUGAAGAAUUCGAAAGGGGAGAUAGUGCUUGGUGGGGAGGUUGAUGAAACAGACAAGUUUAUUGCGCCGACGGUUGUGAAGAAUAUCCGCCCGGGGGAUUCGUUGAUGAACGAGGAAAUAUUCGGGCCGGUGUUACCCAUCAUGCCCGUGAAAGAUUUGGAUGAAGCGAUUGCAUAUGUUAAUUCUCACGAUCACCCGCUUACGCUCUAUGUGUUCUCACAGGACUCAAAAUUCAAAGAAAAGGUUUUCCGAAAUACUCAGAGUGGAUCUGCUGUUGCGAACGAUACGCUCAUUAUUCCUGCUGUGGAAGGAAUACCAUUCGGUGGAAUUGGACCUAGUGGAUCGGGAUAUCAUACAGGAAAGUAUGGGUUUGACAUGUUCACUCACCUGAGAGCCUCGAUAGAUUCACCAGGUUGGAUCGACAUGGUGAUGAAAUUCCGGUAUCCACCGUACACUGCGAAUAAGCGGAAAGCGGUGAACAGAGUCUUAUCGGCUCGGUUGCCAGCGCGGCCUAUUGCACCUCCAGGCACCGAUAUUGAUGUGGAACAGAAGGGGAAUGCGUGGAUUAAAUGGUUUCUAUUCCUUGUAGCUACCGUGAUAUCAGGUGGAAUGCUGAAACGAGGGACGGUUCUACAGAAGUUAAGGCUUAAAUGAGGGGGCAUGAACUUGGAAGGAAUGAUUUUUAUGUGGAUACCCUCUUUACCUGGGAUUUGGGUUGGUUGUUUUUGCAUUAUGUAUGGCGGGUUGGAGGAUUGGAGGUAUCAUCUAGUUGACUUUUCUUCUUUUCAAUUGGGUAUCUUGUAUAAGCUUAAGUAUCUUAUUUGUCUUGACUUCCGGCUCGCAAACUUUUUUCAUUGAAUCCC